AAUCACCCGAGUAAUCCCAGAUCCCAACGAAGCUGAAUUUCUCCGUUCCUUGCUGUCUAAAACAAUCCCUUUCUUUUUCUAACGUAAAGAAGAAGAAGAGGUCGAAAGAGUUUUUUUUUUUUUUUGUGGGUUUAAACUUCACGUUAAACAAUGGCGGAGGAUUUUGCAAAGGCGGUGGAGGACGGGCUAAAGCUAGGGAAACGGAUAUACUUAGGGAAAGACAGGGCGGUGGCGCCACCGAAGCCACUGCCACCAAUGCAGAAGUCACCGCACGUUUACUUGCCAUCGGCGCCGAUGGUUUACGCGGUCAUAUCCGACCCGAGGAUCGUCGACAAUCCGGACAUCCCGAGCUACCAACCCCACGUGCACGGGAGGCUGGAUCCACCCGCGUUGAUUCCCCUCCAGAUGAACGCCGUCGAUCUCGACGUCGAUUGUUAUGGCGAUACGGCUUUUGUUCGAGUUUCUGGGUCGUGGAGGGUUCAUUGCGUUAUGGCUAGCCGUUCUUGUGAUUGUCGCAUCGCAGUCCCGAUGGGUGACCAGGGUUCAAUUCUAGGUGUUGAGGUUGAUCUUCCUACAAAAUCAUAUUCCUCCCAACUGAUUGGAGUAGAAGAAAGUAAGGGAAUUCAAAAAACAGCCAAACCAGAAGAUGGAGAGUUUGUGAAUUCCCAAAUAUUUACCAUAACAAUACCAAAGAUCGAUGGUGGUACUUUUAUUUCAAUUAAGCUUCACUGGUCUCAGAAAUUGACAUAUAAUGACGGCCAGUUAACUUUGGCUGUGCCCUUCAGUUUCCCUGAGUUUGUUAAUCCUUCUAUAAAGAAAAUUGCAAGAAAAGAGAAGAUACAAUUGAAUGUACACUCUGGUUUUGCAACUGGAAUGGUCCAGGCGACUAGUCAUCCUUUCAAGGAAUUGAGACAUGAGACAGGGGGGAUUGGUUUCUUAUAUGAAGCAAAUGUUCUCACAUGGACCGAAACUGACUUGAAUUUAUCAUAUAGCGUUUCUUCCAGUAACAUAUUUGGAGGUGCCCUUUUCCAGUCUCCAUCAAUAGAUGACUUGGAUCAAAGGGAUAUGUUCUGUAUUUAUCUUUUCCCUGGAAGUCAGAGCAAUACAAAGGUAUUCAGAAAGGAUGUCAUAUUUGUUGUUGACAUAAGUGGCAGCAUGCAAGGGAAGUCGUUUGAGAGUGCCAAGAAUGCAAUAAACACAGCCCUUUCCAAGCUCAGUCCACAAGAUUCAUUUAACAUCAUAGCUUUUUGUGAUGAGACCUUCCUAUUUAGCACAUCCAUGGUGUCGGCUUCCGAUGAAGAAGUCGAAAGGGCCUCUGACUGGAUAGCCAAGGACCAUAGUGAAGGGGCUGGUACAAAUAUCUUUAUUCCACUUCAAAAGGCAGUUUAUAUGCUGUCAGACAGGAAAGGUUCAAUUCCUAUGGUUUUUCUUGUUACCGAUGGGGCCGUUGAAGAUGAGAGGAAAAACUGUGAGUGGAUGAAUAAAGUUGUGAAAAAUGGAAGGCCAUUAUGUCCACGGAUACAUACUUUUGGGAUCGGAUCAUUCUGCAAUCACCAUUUCCUGCGCAUGCUGUCCAUGAUUAGCCAGGGACAAUACGGUGCUGCUUUUGAUCUAGAUUCAAUCGAGCCUCAGAUGCAAAAACUGUUUAGUAAAAGUUUAUCCACUGUUCUUGCAAAUAUAACCAUUGAUGCAGCUGAUGAUCAUGGACAAAUAGAGGUGUACUCUUUACACGUUCCCGACCUUUCAUCCGAAAGCCCGUUGAUAAUAAGCGGGAGGUAUCAAGGCAGUUUUCCGGACACUCUUAAAGCUAAAGGCAUCUUAGGAGAUUCAAGCAGUUUUAUCGUGGACUUGAAGAUAGAAAAAGCUGACAUACCUCUUGACAGAGUUAUAGCGAGGCAGCAGAUCGAUCUACUCACGGCGCAAGCAUGGUUUUUCAAAAAUAAACAACUCGAGGAGCAGAUUGCCAAUUUGAGCAUAAGAACUUGCAAUAUCUCUGAGUAUUCCCGUAUGGUAUUACUCGAUAAAAGAAAAAUCGACACAGAUGCAGAAGUCGCCGGAGGUCAGAAGGCAUCGAAGAAAGGCGAUGCAUGUAAACUUUUGGAGUCUGAAGAGCCUAAAAAGGUGUUGCUUCAAGUACUUACAGUUGGUUUCGGCAAUCUGAUUGCAACAACCAAAAACAUUCGUCUGGGAUCCGAGAAAGAAAUUCCGCCCAAAGUUGAAAUCCUUAACAAGGCAACUUCAAAUUGCUGCCCUCGGCUGUGUGCAAGUUGCUGUUGCAUGUGCUGCAUCCAAUGUUGUUCAAAGAUGAGCAAUCAAUGUGCCAUUGUAUGUACACAAGUACUCGGUGCUAUUGCAUGCAUUGGCUGCUGUCAAUGUUGCUCACUUUGCUUCCCUGAAGAAGGGUAAUAGACCCUUUUCCCACGGUUUUAAAGUGAUCAAUUUGGCCACAAUAUUAACCCUGCUAGGUUCUGCUCUGGGCUUUUGCUUCGGCUGCCUUCGAUUUUGCUCUUAAAACUGUUCUCCCUUGGACAAAGAUGGCUAAUAAACG